AUGACAAGGAAGAAACAAAGAAAAGGAGGAAGAGGAGGAAGAGCAAAAAGCGACAAGAUGCUGAGAAGCGGGCUUCAAAAUACCUUGACACUUCAGAGGCGCCAUUCAAACGCAACGAAUCUUCUUUGAACACUGAGAAAACAAUCGACAGGUCGGCUGUGAAUAACGAAUUUCCGACCUUGGGUCAGGGAAGUGAGUAUAUGCCGUUCUCGAGUGUCGUUGUAAAUAUGGAGGAGGUCCGCGCGAGUCAGGAGACGGAAGAAGAAGAUGAUGAUCGAAGAGGGAGGUCAACUGAAAUAAAACGAUUGCAUGAUCUAAGGAAUAUCGUCCCCGAUGUAUACGACACUUCUCAAGAGACACGGACACAGUCUCCCACAGUACCACAUUCCAAUACCGAACUAUCUAAAUCGAGCUCAACCAUUCCGGAGCCGUCCCGGGAACCUAUGAAGCUGACAAUAGUAAAGUGGAUAGAAGAGGAUCAACGUCAAAACGCGGAGCCCGUGAUAGUAGAGUGA